CAGGGAUUGGUUUCAGAUGCAAUCCUAUGCGUGUUCUGACAGAAAAAAGUCCAACAGUUCCCAGUCCUACUUUCAAGGGCUUUGAACCUGGCACUUUAUUCUGAAGAUACUUUUAUAGUUGACCUUUUCAGCAUGGAAAUAGAGGGCAGUCAGCAGAGCCAGAAGCUCAGUAAAACAGAGAAGAAGUUGCGGCAAAAACAGAUGAAGGCCAGACAUACUCUACUAAGGCACGAGGGCAUUGAGUGUGUAUUGUACCCUACCAAGAAUCUGGUUAUUGCUAAUGGAGGCCUGGGUAAUGGUGUAACUAGAUGCCAACUGCUCUGUGUGGUAGAGGAAUGUGGGCUGGUGGAAGCUCUCUUAAUGCCACCCAAGAAACCCUAUUCAUUUGUGAAAUAUGGAACAACGGAAGAUUCCAAGCGAGCGUACGACUCCCUCAAUGGAAAGGAGAUCACGUUGGAGGGCUCCAGUCAAAACGUCGCUCUCUAUUUUAAUUUUGUGGAAAAAGUUCCUUGGGAAGAUAUGACACCUGUAACCUUGCCUCCUGGCCUGAGGGUAAUUGAAGAGCUGGUUUCACCUGAGGAAGAAAGACAGCUUUUGGAAAGCAUCGAUUGGGCAGAGGAUGAGGUCAUUCCAAAUGUUCAGAAGUCCUUAAAACACAGGAGAGUAAAACACUUUGGAUAUGAGUUUCGCUAUGAUAACAACAACGUUGAUCGAGACAGACCGUUACCUGGAGGUCUCCCAGAUAUCUGUAACACGCUUCUUGAAAAAUGCCUGAAGAUGGGAUACAUCACAGAGAAACCUGAUCAACUGACUAUCAAUCAGUAUGAACCUGGACAGGGAAUCCCUCCUCAUAUCGAUACUCAUUCUGCUUUUGAGGAUGACAUAAUCUCUUUAAGUUUAGGAGCCAAGAUCGUUAUGGAUUUUAAGCAUCCAGUUGGACAUGCAACAGCAGUUGUGCUGCCUCAGCGCAGUUUGCUAGUGAUGUCUGGAGAAUCCAGAUACCUCUGGACUCACGGCAUCACACCUAGGAAGUUUGACAUUGUUCAAGCGUCUGAAGGACAGAAAAUUGGAAUCGUCUCUGCUGACAUUGGAGAUUUAACCUUAAACAAAAGGGAGAGAAGGACAUCUUUCACUUUCAGGAAAGUGAGGAGAAGCCCUUGCAGUUGCUCUUAUCCUUCUGUAUGUGACAGUCAACGUAAAGACCCAGCACCCUCUUUCCCAGAUGAUGAGAGAGAGGCUUCCAAGAUAGAGGGAAAAUAUGUCCAUGAAGUGUACGAAGAGAUCGCCAUGCACUUCAGCAGCACCAGACAUAGUCCCUGGCCGCGAGUAGUUGAAUUCCUCAGGGCUUUACCGUGCGGGUCUGUCGUGGCUGAUGUCGGCUGUGGCAAUGGAAAGUAUUUAGGAGUCAGCAAGGAUUUAUAUAUGUUUGGCUGUGAUCGUAGCAAGGCUCUUGUGGACAUCAGUGGCGAAAAAGGAUUUCAGGCCUUUGUGUGUGAUGCACUCUCUGUGCCAGUACGAAGUGGCUCAUGUGAUGCCUGUAUCUCCAUUGCGGUGAUACACCAUUUUUCAACAGUGGAGAGAAGGCUGGCUACUCUCCGCGAGUUAGUCCGGCUGCUGCGGCCAGGUGGAAGGGCACUUGUUUAUGUCUGGGCUAUGGAACAGGAAUACAACAAGCAGAAGUCUAAGUAUCUGAAAGCCAAAAGAGCUAGCAAUGGUAAGGUGGAGGAGAUGGUCAGUGACACAGUAAAGGAAAUGGGCAACAGUGCCUGCCAGGGUUCAGUGUAUCCCAAUGAGAGCUUUAGUCAAUGUAAGGACCGGUGCUUCAGUGCAAACCAGACAGUUCAUGCCAAGUUGCCUGUUCAUACCAACAGAACCUCCUUUGACUCCCAAGACUUGUUGGUCCCUUGGCAUCUGAAAGAUGGCACGAAGAAGAAAGCAGGACAGGCCAAGUCACAUGACUCUUUGGCUUGCUCCACAAACUCGCAUGAACCUAGUCCUGUUUUCCAUCGUUAUUACCAUGUCUUCUGUGAAGGCGAACUGGAAUUGAUCUGCAAAAGGCUGGAUUGCAUUAAAGUGCAAGAGAGUUACUACGACCAAGGAAACUGGUGUGUAGUUCUUGAAAAGCAGUGAAGUGUCAACGGUACCCUUUUGACAUGAAGAUUUAUUCACAGUGGUGUUUCUAUAAAAUGGUAUUCUGAUGGCUUUUAUUCCUGGCUUUCAUUUAUAAAAUAAAUACAGUUCAUACGACCAUCA